AUGGGCGACGAAUGGGAACCGCCGCUCCCUGCAGGCUACAGCGAUGUCAAUCGCGCAUUUCUCCAAGCCUUCAUGGCGCGGGGCACCCUCACCUUCCGCGAGGGCCAAAGACUGCUUGCUGCCAUACAGUCCGCCUCCGAAGGCGGCAGCCACAUCGACCCAGCAUCCAUAACGAUGGACGAGUUUCAGAACUUCAUCCGCACCGCCCGAGACGCCGUGGAGCCUUUAGACUUCGACAUCCGCAACACACGGGACCAGAUCCGCGGCGGCGAGCGCGUCUGGGCCUUCAUCAACGCCCACAGCGACCCCGCGACACAGCUGAGCACCACGCACACACCCGAAGAAGUGGCCUACGUCAAGAGGCUGCUGGACGCCAUGUUUGAGCAGUACAACACCCCGCGCAUGGAGGUCAUGGCUGUGGACGAGGGGCAGGCGCUGCGGGUAUCCCGGCCGGCAGCGAGGAGGGAGAGCAACAUGAACGGGAACGAUAACGACGACGAAGAGCAUCAGGAGGACGGCGCCGCGGCAGCAGCGACAGGGCGAGGUCUGAAGCACUCCGAGGUCCUCUCCCUUUUGUCGAGCCUGGUGGCCGAGGGCUGGCUGGACAAGUCGCUUAAUGGCUUCUACAGCCUCACCCCACGGUCGCUGAUGGAGCUGUGGUCGUGGCUUGUGGCGACGUACAACGAAUCGGACGCCGACGCCGACGACGACUGGCAGCGCAUCAAGUUCUGCGAGGCUUGCAAGGAGAUCGUCACGUACGGGCAGCGGUGCAACGAGCCAAACUGCACGAUUCGGCUGCACGAUAUUUGCGAAGACGGGUUCUGGCGGACCAGGCCCGAGAGGAAAUGCCCCAAGUGCAGCACACCUUGGGAGGGAAAUCACUAUGUGGGGGAGCGGGCGGUCACUUCACGGUCGGGAUUUCAAAGGGGCCGCGGACGGCGAGCAAGACGGACCGAGGCGGCCGAGGCUGAGGAAAAUGGGGCAGAUGAGGAGUGA